UUGUAUGUUUGUUUUUCUACAGUGAUCAAGAACAGUCAUGGCUGAUGAGGGAUAUGUGGUACGCAUCAGGGGUCUACCUUGGUCCUGCUCAGUUGAUGAAGUACAGAGAUUUUUUUCAGAUUGCAAAGUCAUCACUAAUGGAGGGGGCAUCCACUUCACCUACACAAGAGAGGGCCGUCCAAGUGGAGAGGCGUUUGUUGAGUUGGAGACGGAGGAAGACUUGAAGAUUGCAGUGAAGAAGGACAGAGAAACGAUGGGUCACAGAUAUGUCGAGGUUUUUAAAUCCAACAAUGUCGAGAUGGACUGGGUUAUGAAGCACACUGGUCCAAAUUGUCCAGAAACAGCAGGAGACGGGCUGGUCCGGCUUCGGGGGCUUCCUUUUGGUUGCAGCAAAGAGGAGAUAGUACAAUUUUUCUCAGGGUUGGAAAUCGUGCCAAAUGGGAUAACAUUGCCGGUGGACAUCCAGGGGAGGAGUACGGGGGAGGCCUUCGUGCAGUUUGCUUCACAGGAUAUAGCUGAAAAGGCUCUAAAGAAACACAAGGAAAGAAUAGGGCACAGGUACAUUGAGAUCUUCAAGAGUAGCCGCGCUGAGGUGCGGACCCAUUAUGAACCCCAGAGAAAGCCAAUGGGCAUGCAGAGACCUGGCCCUUACGACAGGCCCUCUGGCGGUCGCGGCUACAACAUGAUGGGCCGAGGGGGAUCCUAUGACAGAAUGCGCCGUGGAGGCUACGGAGGAGGUGUAUCAGAUGGGCGGUAUGGCGAUAGCGGCUCCUCCUUCCAGAGCACAACAGGCCACUGUGUCCACAUGAGGGGCCUGCCGUACAGAGCCACAGAAACGGACAUCUACAAUUUCUUCUCGCCAUUGAAUCCAGUGCGGGUUCAUAUUGAGAUUGGACCUGAUGGCAGAGUAACCGGGGAGGCAGAUGUGGAGUUUGCCACACACGAGGAUGCUGUGGCAGCCAUGUCAAAAGACAAAGCCAACAUGCAGCACCGCUAUGUGGAGCUGUUCUUGAAUUCAACCGCAGGUGGGAGUAAUGGAGCCUACGGCAGCCAAAUGAUGGGUGGCAUGGGGAGUCAAUCGUCUUAUAGCGGUGGUCAGCUGAGCUCGGGGUACUCGAGUGGAUACAGCAGCCAGGGCAACAUGGGGGGCUACAGUGACUACAGUAACCAGGGCGGCAUGGGAAGCAGUUACUAUGGCGGCGGCGGUGGAGGAGGAAGCAGAGGCUCUAUGAAUGGACUGGGCGGGGGAUGGGGAAUGUAAAUUUGUAUCAUUUUUUUCCCCCUUAAUUUGAUGUUUUUUUUAAACUCAGCAUUUGGCUGGAAGGACUGGAACAUAGUCUCGCCUCGUAAACGUAGCGUAGGGUCAGGUGAGGUUGUUUUGAAAAUAAUUCGGGGAGGGGUUUGUAUUUUUUUUAAGUGGAAGAUCUCCAGAGAGAAGUGAAAUCGUAUGGUGUCGGAGAGAAGCACUGUCUGUCUCGACCAUUCCUCAUAGAUCUGACACACCAUAGAAACCGUGCUUAAAAUUUUCAGUACAAAGAGUGUUUUUGCUUUAUGGUUCUCCAAGCACCUGGCUGUUCCUCAAAGUUACAAAUCCUGUGCUUGUGUCUUUUACCAUUUGUUUUAAUAUCUGAGUGCAUGAACAAAAGAAAUCAGAAAAUGUCCAUCUUACGUUCAGACCUUGUUUCAUCUUAGUGUUUUUUUUUCUCUUUUUUCUUUUCUCGGUAAAAAUCUGAAUUUGAGACUUAAGAUCCAAGCAUGUUUUGUUUUGUUUUUGUACACUGACUGUUUGGCGGUUUCUCUGGAGAAGUGUUAUUUCAAUUCUCUUGACAUGAAGGUUUCUACUGCUUCAAUGCUAUUUGUAUUUCCUGUGCACAAAGUGAAUAAACUAGUCUGGAUUAUCUAAUUGAAAACAUUGA